CCAAUCAAGAUUAUAAGAAGCGAUGUCUCCUACAAAAGCCUUUAAUGGAUGAUAAAUUAUGAUAUCACAAAAUACUCGGAGAAACAAGAGACUGUGGCGUUGAAAUGGAGAAAAUACCCUUAAAAGAUGGAGAUGAUACAAGUGGUAAAUCUGCCGGGUUUAAGAAAAAUCCCCUACCUGUGUAUCUCAGUGACAGAGUCCAGCAACUACUACAGGAAAUGACAGGAUUCGACAUUCUUAAGAUGGCCGGCCCAAAACCGACACCGCUUAGCACGCCAAAAUACAAGCUUCUUACUGAUGAAGAACUUUCAGAACUUCAGGCAGACAGUGCACAACGGAUGAAGAAGAAACUUCAGAUGCCUCCAUUCAUGAACCCAAGAGAACCCAUUAACGAAGUUUUAUCACACGAUCCGGAAAUCGAGGCAUUCGACACAUCAAAACUCGUCAUGACCGACAUAACAUUUGGAAUGUCCAGUCGGAGACGAUUGAUUGUGGUUCGAGAGACUGACGGCACAUUGCGUAAAGCUUCAUGGGACGAGAGAGACAGACUGAAUCAGAGUUAUUUCCCCCGGGAAGGGUGUUCCUUCGUCGUUCCACCCUUGUUUCAAGAGGAGAAUCUCGAGAGAUUGCUGACUAAAGAGAAGUAUGUGUACGUACUAGACCGGGCGUGUGUGCAGUUUGAACCAGACCACCCCGAGUAUGUCCGGGUAACCCGCAGAACGUAUGAACAUAUAGACGACCAUCACAAUUACGAAAUUCUGCGAUCAACGCGACACUUUGGUCCGAUGGCGUUCUACUAUGCUUGGAUGCAGAAAAUAGAUUAUCUGCUUGUUGACAUGAUUCAACGAGCAUUAAUCCUUGAUGGUGCGUCUCUUGUGAGGCUUUACCACAUCCUGAACCCUGACUGUCAGUCAGCCCAUGAGACCAAUAGCCAGACAGCAGACUUGGACUUGAUCAAGAUUUUCUGUCAUACUGAUGCCAGGCACAAAGGUCAACUAGAACUGGCAAUUCAAGGAUUUGAAAACACCAUGCAGCUUCAGAGCCAAGCUGGCUAAUUACCCUGUCUCACAGUAUACUUAACAGGAAUUCUGGGAUAGCAGUGUGGUUACUAUGGCAAUCGGGACAGCAGUGGUUGCUAUAGUUUUCAGUUAAUUUCAGUGAAAGAUCUAACAACGGAAGAGAGAUUUUUGUGAAAAAAAUUAUGAUAUAUUCUGAUUAAUUUUAAGAUGACACCAGAUGUGAAAAGUAAAACAUGUAAUGUAAUUAAAAGAAAAAGGUUAAAGCUGCAAUCUGGUCUCCUAGCCUACAACAUCACAUCCUAUCCAAAACAUAAACACAACUAUAUGUAAAUAAACUGAUAUAUUUUCACCAUAAGCGUACGGGCUCAGAUUUUUUGGAGGGGAUCAUGCUGGCUUGUGCCCAAAUUAAACGAAAAUGCCCAAAUCUGGAUAACAACGUUUAUUUACAUGUAUAUUAGCAUUACUACCAACAGCUAGGCCUAUAUAGGGUUGCAGACAAAUCAUUACGCAUUUUUACAUGGAUUACAACUAAUAUUGAGGGUAGAACGAUGGAAAUACAAGGUAAAAAGUCUGAGGUUAGCACAUUUUGCCCUAAUAUCUCUAUAAUUUUUGCCCAAAUUUGAAGUUUUGCUCCAGCUUAUGGUGUUCACGAUCUAUGGAUUUUUUCAAUUGCCUUGAUAUGGUGUGAACAAAUUGCCAAACAUCCUGUUCCUGGUGUAUUACAAUGGCUGGGUUUUUUUUUAUAUAAUCUAAAAUUGAAUAUAACAUUUUAAGUGAAACAAAGAAUGGUGCAGAAAGGUUCCUAUGCCUCAUGAAAAUUCAUUAGCCACCCCAAACACCCUCACCCCCACACCCACCCGUUAUCAGCUGGAACAUUUGAUUGACAUAUGGGAUCCAAAAUUUGUAGCUCAUACUGGAAAAAAAACCUUGACCCAUAGAACUUAAAUUAUUAUAUGGGUUACAGAUCUGCCAACUUUAAAAAUCAUGAAAUCAAGUAAAGAUUAAAAUGAACAUUUCAGCAUAUCCACCAGCAUGAUUUAAAGUGUCCUUGUCUUCAUCGAUUUAUGCUGCCCUGGAUUGUGGGGCUGAGCAUUAGAUUUUAUCCCUGAUUAGUAUCAUGUUUAUCAGAUUGAACUAAGUGGUAUUGGUACUAACAAGCUGUAGUUGACAUUUGUUGAAUGUGUCGAGUAAUGUAUGUGCUAUAUACAUGUAUGUGUAAUGGGUGUUUACCUUCAAUAAAGAACUGUGUGGUCCUUAACCAUAUGUCCGACGUCAUAUAACCGUAAAUAAAAUGUGUUGAGUGCGUUGUUAAAUAAAACAUUUCUUUCUUUCAAUAAAGAAAUAAAUACUGUA